CCUGUGUCAGGUUGCACCUCUCUGCCCUCGCCCAGCGCUCAAAGCCGGACGGAGGAGGAUUCUGGUCCAGGACAGUCAGGCUGAGAACACUGCAUGCCUUAGGGUUCUCCAACAAAUAGACAUUUCUCUGAAGAAGACAUGCAACUGGAAAUGAAAAGCUGAUCGACAACACUAAUCACCAGGGAAAUGCAAAUCAAAACCAUAAUGAGAUACUACCACAUAUGUAUUAGGAUGGCUGUUAUUAAAAAAUAAAAGAUGGAUCCCUUACCUCCCAUACUCACUGAACAUUUUUCAUGGGAUGAAGCAGACACUCCUCGAACCCGUGACCUAAAACACUUACGAGCCAAGCGUGUCGCUUACUAUGAAAGCAUUGGAAUUAUCAAGGGUGAUACUUCCAGAAAAGGCAGUCACCCUUUGUCAAUCGCAUCCCAAGACAGCAAAGUGAAUCCCUCAGAAAAGCCAACCUUUGGGCUGAGCAGCAUUCAGAUGUCACCUAAUUAUUUAGCAAUUGGAAAGAAACCUCUACCCCAGGAAGAGUCCAAUGUGGCUCCAGGAGAAGCAGAGCAGGUUCAGGACCAGCGACCCCAGGAGGGACCUGGGAGAGAGAGCUGCCUAACAAAAUUGGAUCUCCAUUUGUUGGCUGAUGCGUUGGUCCCUGAGAGACAGAAGCUGCGACAUGUUAUAAAUUGGGCCCAGAAGUUCUUGUCUAACCCUUUGGAAGAGUACAGUUUGAAUUGUCCCCAAAAUUCUCCAACAUUCCCUCAGUCUAACUUUUGCCAAUGUUCAAAAGCUCAAGGAAGUAAGAAAAAUGUCCAUCCAAAGUCAUUGCAUUUUCCACCCCUUCUCAAAGAAGACCAGUGUAGCACACAGACAUACAUUCCUAGUUUCUUUUUAAGCCCCUCAAAUAACUUUUUAGAAGAGGACUUGUCUUCAGAAUUUUCAGAUUCCUUCCUGAAGCAGAAGUUUCCCAGAAGUCACUCUUGUGAAUGGCAAGAAACCCCAGUUAUGAAUGAGGGGGAGGGAGGAGCUUCCAGGUCUCCCCUUGAUAGUUUUCAGCCAGAAGAUUCCAUUCAAGGAAAGGAUGAAAGAUUAAGAAAUUGUUGUAUUCAAAACCCUCAUGAGGAUAAAAUGUUUCCUGAGAGGCUGAGGGUUCUGCCACAACUUAGACACACUUCUGAAGUAAGUGAAGCUUUAGAGGAAGCCAGACAGAGUCCACUCAGAAAUGGUUACUUCUGGAGUCCAUUGACAGACAGCUCAGAGGAGGAAGGUUUAGAAGAAACAGAGGAGAAUAAAGGGACAUUUAGGAGGGGUGUUUUAGGCCAGAAUUAUAGAGGGUUUUCAGGAAUUGCCUUUUCUCCCACAAACCACAGCACAUUAGUAUCAAAAACUACUGUGCAAAGGGCCUCCCCAGGGGAGACACCCCUGGAGGCCGAAUCUAGGGGGUGGUGCAGAGAAGCAGCAGAGUCCCCUGUGGAGACCUCUAAGGAAGUCACAGUGGAAUCCAAGGCUGACAGCUCCAGAGGUGAAGACCUCAUCCAGCGACUCCCUGGGAGUGAGUGCAUAACCCCCAGUUACAACUCUGAUGGAAGGAGCAGGAAAUCAGACAGUAUGGGGUUCACUUUGAGGUCUCUCCAUACUGAUAUUAAGCAUAAAAGUGACUGCAAACAUGCCCUCAUGGAACAGGCAGGGAAGGCUCUCCUGGGGGCGGUGCCAGGAGGCAGUCACAACAGAAGCGUGCAGGGUUCUGCCACAUGCAGCCCUCCUGUGAUGACUCAAAAGCAAUUUGAUCUAAUGCUUCCUGAAAGUUAUUUGGCUCCUCAAAAUGUCAAUCUACCACUGGAUGUGUCAGAAGGUCCCUCGGACAAUGCUGUAUUCCCUGUACGUUCAGAUUCCACUGUCUUCUGUGGACCCACUGUGGAUGCAAAUGGUGCAUGUGGCAGCACUUGGUGUGACCAUUUGCCCCUACCUGAGAAGAAUGACCAAUCAGUACCCACAAGCCUAGUGGUUCCUGGGGAAACAACUCAAACAGAAACAGAAAAGACACUUUCUUCAGGUCACCCUAUUUUCAGAAACAUUUCCACAACUCAUUUGAAGGGAUCCGUUCCACCCCAGGAUGUGGGCAAUAGCCUCUCCUGGAGCGAAGAGCCACUAAGUAGCAAGGUGCCACCACAGCAAGGUGCCAGUGUCCUGGAGACUUACUUCUACUAUGUGCAUAUGUUGAAUAAGAUCAGGGGUCUUUCUUCAGAAGAGAGGAAUUCCUCUUUGCCUUUCCAGGAGUCUAGAACAUCCAACUCACAGUCAGUAAUCCCAUCUCCAGGAGGGCAAGACUGGCCUAAAAGCAGCUUAGAUGGGAAGACUAAGGGUUGGAGAGAAGAGGGGACCACCCAUCCUCAAGGAGGAGCCUGUGUGGAAGAGGAACCUCCAGCAGACGCAGUUCCAGGAGAGGCCAGGUUUUGGAAACCUCAAGGCAACUAUGGAAGAUUAUGUUCUGCUACCCUUAAAAAGACAUCUGGAAUGAGCAGCUGUGGGGGAUACAGGGAAAUGCCUAAUUCUGCUUGUUCAUCUCAUAAAUAUGGAGAUACGAAGCCAAGAUUUUGUAGUUUUUCAAGACCAAGCUUGGCUGAAGCAGAAGAAGGAAACUCCACAGGGAUUUAUUCAAGUGCUUAUGCUGUUGGAUCAGUUGAAAAAUUCUUCAGCAAGAGCGAGCUUCAAGAAGAAGAGAAAGAAAAUAAGGAGCAAAAGAGAGAUGAUGAUUUCUCCCAGUGGUUACUCCUGCCUGAUGAAAUAUGGAUUUGUGUAUUUUCCCUUCUGUCACACAAGGAGCUUGCUCGGGUAGCACGAGUGUGUCACCAUUUCUACCGACUUGCAAAUGAUGAAAGCCUCUGGAAGCAGGUCCAGAUUGCAGACUGCUGCGUCCUGGAGGAUGAGUGGCUGGUGGCUCUGGCUAGCCGCCAGCCCCGCUCUCUCACUCUGCAGCGCUGCCGCCAUGCUGGCCAGGCUGUGACCCACCAUGGGUUGAAGAGACUUUUCCAGCAAUGCCGGGAUGUUCUUCAGUUUGCCAAGGUCCUCACCACUCCCUAUAGUUUCCCUGAUGCAGAUGCCAAGUAUCAAGAGCUAUAG